AUGUUCUACUUGAACCCGAAUUGGACUGUUUUCGGGAAAUAUACUCAUUUGCCAAUCAAUUUGGUUUUCACGAGAGACUCAACUGAAUCUCUCGUUUAUGGUAUGUCGUCGCGAUUGAAUCAUGAGGCAGCACAUUCAGUUGUAGAAUAUCAUAAACGAAACCACGGUCUACCUAUCUAUACUGUCUGUCCACGUCCGAUUCAAUACAUUGUUCGCUGCCCAAUUGCGACUACCGAAGAAACGCAGAAGAAGUUCGUAGAAUUCGGUUUCGCCGCAGUUAUUACUGACCGUCCGUUGGUGAAUU